GGCGAUUGUGGUGGUGUUGGAUCCUUCGUCAUUACUGCUGGAUAAUUUGUUGUGCGUCGGCGAGCUGAAAUUGUGCAGCAGAGGCUAGUCCGAUCCCCAGAUCAUCAGCAAAGCGUGCCGUCAUGGUCAGCAGCACACCAAAGCAGCAGGCCAAGUCGCCCAAGGGCAUUGCUCAACGACCCAGCUCAAAGGCUCAUCCGCGCAACACGCGCAACGAAUCGAACAAAGAGGUGAAGGGAAAGGGGAAGCGCAAAGAGGCAGGCGAAACGUCGUCGAAAACUGCCGGUGCUACUCUUCUUGCUGGGCAGAGGAUGAAUGGAGCGGGCCCAUCGGUCGCUGACGCGGCAACGGGCGAGACCUAUAAGUCACUCUCAUCGAUUAACGAUUCGUUUCUUGAGCUGCUCUCUUACAUUCCCGCCAAGUACUACUUUCCUCAAUCCGGGUUUGCUGGUGCCGAAGAAGAAGAAGAAGAUGAUGCAUCUCAACCGGGGAACGGUCAGCUCAGCAAGAAAGAAAGGAAGAGGCUGAAUGCAGAAGAACAAAAGGCUGCCAAGAAGGAGAAGGCAAGGGAAGCCAGGAUGGCCAAGCUCGACCCUGCGAACCAAAAGUCCAUCCCAGAGCUCCAAGCUGAACGAGCCGCUGCAGCAUCCGCCACGGUUGAAGCAACUGCAGCAGACGUAUCGGACAUGGUCGACCUGGACAUGGACUUUGAGCAGGAUGAUGGCCAAGGCGACGAUGACGAUGACGAGGGUGACGAUAAUAAUGACGAGGAAGUGGGUGGUGCGGGGGAUACCGACAACGACAUUGAGGACAGCGAUGAUGAGGAUGACAGCCAUGAAGCGCAAAUUGCUCGGGCGAGAAAGCGAAGCGGGGACGAUAGCAUCAAUGGCUCCACGCCGGCAAAAAAGCGACAUGCUGGGCAGGGCGACGAAGCCUCUUUGCCCAAGCCGGCAGAAGAUACAUCAGCCUCCAUCACAGACCUUCGCGUAAAGCUGCAAAAGCGCAUCGCUGAGCUGCAGUCGAAGCGCAGGCAACCUCGGCACGGCCCCAAUGCUGAGGCACUGGGGCCAAACGAUGGAGGCGGGGACGAUAGUGGGGCGGAGGAAGGAAACGAUAGCACUCUAUCAGCAAAGUCAGACCUCCUCCUCGAGCGGCGCAGACAGCGGGGUGAGAUGCGCGAUCGAAGGCGCCGGGAGCGCAAGGAGGCCAGGCGAGCGGAGAAAGAGGCCGGUGCAAGUGCGGUCAAGGGGAAGGAUGCUAACGGUGCGGCUGCUCGUGCAGCGGGCAAGCAGGUCGGAAACGGCAGCAGUGCCCCUGCACUGCUUGUCAACGAGAAUGGCCGCUCAAGCACCAGCUCAAAGGCGGCGGACGGCGAGGCAGCCGCGAGAUUGGACGCGUUCAACAUUGACACCAAUGGCGCAUUCACUUUCGGCAAUGUAUCAUUCGCCGGACCAGGUGAGGGCGAGGAAGAGGCUCUUUUACGCAAGAAGAAGAGCAAGCACGCACUGCCGCGAGACCCCAAAAGUGCGCUCGCCGUGUUGGAGGCUCGCAAAGCCAAGGAUGAGAAACGCAAGGCACGACAGAGCGAGAUGAGCAGCGCGGAAGGUGAUGAUGGCAACGAUGGAGCCGAGGACGACGGAGUCAUGCGCAGCGAUGACGCUGCCAAGUGGAGCAAAAUGAUGGAGGCGACCCAAGGAAUCAAGAUCCGCGAUGACGAGCGGAUGCUCAAAAAAGCAGUAAAGAAGAAGGAGAAAAUGAAGGAGAAGACCAAGACGAGCUGGAGCGAGCGCGUGAGAGAGGUGGCAGACCAGCAAGCUGCGCGCGCCAAGAAGCGCAAUGACAACAUUGCCGCGCGGAAAGAGGCAAAGCUGGCAAAGCACAAGGGUGCAAAUGGAAAGAAGGCGAGCUCGACCAAAGGCACAGGGAGCAAGAAGAAAAGCAGCGCAAAAGCUCGACCAGGGUUUGAAGGUCGCGCGAUGGGCUUGAAGAGCAAGGCCGGAGUAAAGGGAAGGAGCAAGGGGAAGCGCUGAGUGCCAGUGUACAUGCAGCCGGAGCCACAGGCUGUACAAAAUGGACGAUAUGCUAUGAGGCGCCUCGC